UUUGGGCCAUAUAUUUGGAGCUGCAGACGUGGACGCACAGCCUUCAAAGCUGAGGCCAGUCCACUCAUGGCGUCCAACGUGUCCAAGAAUCAAAACCGUUCUGUUUCUUCUCCUUCUGAUUCCAACUCAAGAUCUCUUUGGUGAAGUGGGUCGGUGAGGAAAAUCAGAGAAAGAUGAUGAGGGUUGAAGGAAGGGCGUAUCAGGAGUUGUCACCUAGUUACUAUGGGAUUUGUACAGUUGGAGGAAUGCUCAGUGCCGGAACGAUCCAUCUCGCUAUCACUCCUCUGGACGUCUUGAAAGUGAAUAUGCAGGUGAACCCAAUCAAGUAUAAUAGUAUUACAUCAGGUUUGAAUACCCUCUGGAAAGAACAAGGUCCUUCUGCCCUAUGGAGGGGUUGGUCCGGCAAGUUAUUUGGAUAUGGUGUUCAAGGGGGCUGCAAAUUUGGUCUCUAUGAAUACUUCAAGAGGAUUUACUCAGAUGUGUUGGUAGAUCAAAACAGGAGUGUCAUAUUCUUUGUCAGCAGUGCUUCUGCUCAAGUAUUUGCUGAUGUAGCCCUCUGCCCUUUUGAGGCUGUCAAAGUCCGAGUUCAAACACAGCCCCAUUUCGCAAAGGGCUUGGCUGAUGGGUUCCCAAAAUUAUAUGCAACUGAAGGGCUCUCUGGCUUUUACAAAGGACUUUUUCCGCUUUGGGGGCGUAAUCUUCCAUUCUCUAUGACGAUGUUUUCAACAUUUGAGCAUUCAAUAGACUUCAUAUAUGACAACAUUAUCCAAAAAAAGAAAGAAGAUUGCUCAGUGGCCCAGCAGCUUGGCGUGACAUGUUUGGCGGGCUAUGCAGCUGGAGCUUUUGGUACCUUAAUCUCUAACCCUGCGGACAACAUUGUUUCCUCCCUUUAUAACAAAAACGCAGAAAAUGUGUUGCAGGCUGCGAAGAAUAUUGGGUUUGCUAAUUUGUUUACUAGGAGUCUUCCUCUUCGAAUUACAUUUGUGGGGCCUGUUGUGACAUUGCAGUGGUUCUUUUACGACACCAUUAAAGUUCUAAGUGGAUUCCCUACAAGUGGAGGGCCUGUCAGGCAUAUCGAAGAAGCUGAUAGAUCCGCUUAAGCUCGUGGGAAUGAUAAACUACAGUUUGAUCACUUCUUCUGCAACUACAGGAAAAAAAUUUAUCAACCCUGCAGAAACUAACAGCAAUUCUUAUAUAGCUUUUUACAAGACAAAAAUAUACCUUGGUUUUAUGCCCAGAUUCUGCAAUAAGGGUAGUUCAUCAAAUUUUCUCUACCGUCUUUACUUCUUUAGGUACCUCAUUGCAUCUUAGUCCAAGGUUUAUUAAAUUUUCGGGUUACAACUUUCAGUCACAUCUACAUGAAUCAGCAGGCCAGCUUCAUUAGUCACUAUCUUUUGAUUGUAUAGAUGUAUAUGGAAAUUUAUAAUGUAAGCAACUAUUUUCGUCUUGGGAGACAUUUUGUUCUAGACAAUGAAGUGUUUAGGUAUGUUGACUUACUUUGUUUUUGUCUUUAAGACUUUGUACAAUGAUUGUGAAAUGUGGCUCUUGUAAGAUGAUCGGUUUUGAUCUUUUCUUAUACUAAUCCAGGAAGCUUUGAUUGUGAAUUGGACAUUACCAAGGACUUAGAUAAUCAUAGCAGCCUCACCUAUUAAUAACUAUUAGUCAAUACAACGACGCGUUGUCGUAUUGUGAUACCCUCUUCACAAAAUGAAAUACUUUCAGUUAGGAAGAUGCGAUUAGCCAUAAGGUGGUACCUGGGUCUCUAUGAUAAUCUUGGUGCUUAGGUUUUUUUUUUUUUUUUUUUUUUUUUUUUUUAAAUUUAUUUU